AUGGCGCUGCGGGUCGCGCCGCCUGGAGCAGGCAGUUUGCAGCUGCACCAAGCUACCAUUCCUCGACGCCGGAGGCUGCAGAGGAAGGCGCUCCCAUCUCCAUGGGUCCGGGCUCACUGGGCCCUCCCCCCGCUGCUUCUCUCGGCCUCGGGCCGCCGACGCCUUGGGCGACUUGUCCGGCAGGCUUUCGGGCUUCCUGUGGAGGAGGUGCUGGCGGAUGUGCUGAAGGCCCGCACUCGCCAGCAAGCCUGA